ACCCGCCCGGGAUGUGAGCGCCGAGCGCGCCGGGCGGGGAGGGCGGGCAGGGCGGCAGGAAGGACGCGCGGACGGGAGGAGGAGCGGCGCCGAGCCGGAAGGCGGGAGGCGCGUCCGUUGGGCCCGCGGCGCGGCCGGCCAGCCGCCUCGUCGCUCGGGCGGGAGCGGGGCCCGCGCCUCCUCCCGGGCGCCGCGGGGAGGAAGAUGGAGACGCACAUCUCGUGCCUGUUCCCCGAGCUGCUGGCCAUGAUCUUCGGCUACCUGGACGUGCGCGACAAGGGGCGCGCGGCGCAGGUGUGCACGGCCUGGCGGGACGCCGCCUACCACAAGUCGGUGUGGCGGGGGGUGGAGGCCAAGCUGCACCUGCGCCGGGCCAACCCGUCGCUGUUCCCCAGCCUGCAGGCCCGGGGCAUCCGCCGGGUGCAGAUCCUGAGCCUGCGCCGCAGCCUCAGCUACGUGAUCCAGGGCAUGGCCAACAUCGAGAGCCUCAACCUCAGCGGCUGCUACAACCUCACCGACAACGGACUGGGCCACGCGUUCGUGCAGGAGAUCGGCUCGCUGCGCGCCCUCAACCUGAGCCUCUGCAAGCAGAUCACCGACAGCAGCCUGGGCCGCAUAGCCCAGUACCUCAAGGGCCUGGAGGUGCUGGAGCUGGGCGGCUGCAGCAACAUCACCAACACCGGCCUCCUGCUCAUCGCCUGGGGCCUGCAGCGCCUCAAGAGCCUUAAUCUCCGCAGCUGCCGCCACCUCUCGGACGUGGGCAUCGGGCACCUGGCCGGCAUGACGCGCAGCGCGGCCGAGGGCUGCCUGGGCCUGGAGCAGCUCACGCUGCAGGACUGCCAGAAGCUCACGGAUCUGUCUCUGAAGCACAUCUCCCGGGGGCUGACGGGCCUGAGGCUCCUCAACCUCAGCUUCUGCGGAGGCAUCUCGGACGCAGGCCUCCUGCACCUGUCGCACAUGGGCAGCCUGCGCAGCCUUAACCUGCGCUCCUGCGACAACAUCAGUGACACGGGCAUCAUGCAUCUGGCCAUGGGCAGCCUGCGCCUCUCGGGGCUGGAUGUGUCCUUCUGUGACAAGGUGGGGGACCAGAGCCUGGCUUACAUAGCGCAGGGGCUGGACGGCCUCAAGUCCCUUUCCCUCUGCUCCUGCCACAUCAGCGACGACGGCAUCAACCGCAUGGUGCGGCAGAUGCACGGGCUGCGCACACUCAACAUCGGGCAGUGUGUACGCAUCACGGACAAGGGCCUGGAGCUGAUCGCCGAGCACCUGAGCCAGCUCACCGGCAUCGACCUGUACGGCUGCACCCGCAUCACCAAGCGCGGCCUGGAGCGCAUCACGCAGCUGCCCUGCCUCAAGGUACUCAACCUGGGCCUCUGGCAGAUGACGGACAGUGAGAAGGUCAGGAUGCGGAGAUGGACUCGCCACCCACCAGCCACUCCUCCCAGCAGGGGUUUGGAGGACGGAUUGAGCUACUGUAUCCCCGCCGCGCUGCAUUUGGAAACGGGGGGGGGGGUGGGGAGUGACCAGUCCUUUCAGCCCUGGGGAGUUGGGGAAAAUGUCUGCCUUCACUUAAGCUUUCAUUUGAAUACUGUGAUCUGGUUUUUAUUUCGAAACGUAUAAAAGCAAACCCAACUACAACGGCCUUUUCACCCUUCUUCCACUUCGUAACUAAUCGCAGUCUCUCAUCAGUCCUUUGACAGGACUCUGCUACUCACGCUCAUUUCAUUUGUAUUCUUUCUUUUUUUAUUUUUUGAAGAAAGUUGACAUCAUGGUCUCUUUUUUUCUGCUGAGUAUAGUCUAUAUAUUAUAUAUAUAUAAAUUAUAUAUAUAUAUGUGUGUGUGUGUGUAUAUAUAUAUAUACAUAUAUAUGUGUGUGUGUGUGUGUGUGUGUGUGUGUGUGUGUAUGUCUGGCUACCUCGUUUUAGUUUACUUUUUUCUCUGAAGCCCUGGAAUUCUACAAGAGAGAUAUUUUGAGACUGAAACAUUUUUGUGCCUGGACUGGAAAGAUGCCCAUCGGGUUUGUACAUCUUUUUUGUUUUGGCUUCUUCCCAAACCCCAUCCACCCCGUGUAUCCCACUUCACAUUCUGGCUCUGCUUUCCUUUUUCUCCUUGUCCAUAGGGACUUGAGGGCCCAGCCGUGAUCCUAAAUCUUGACUUAAUUUAUAGCACAAAUGUGUGGGAGACAUGAGAGUUGGACUUUUGUUUUUUGUUUUUUUUGUCUGUUUGUUUGAGAUGCAGAUUGUGUCUUGAAAAUGAUGAUUAUAUAUGCAGAUUCUGCCCUGCCCUCACCCUCUUGCAAGUUUCCCCACGAAAAGGUCACACAGUGAGGGUUCCUGUUGGGAGCAGAGGAGCCGAGUUGGCUUCCAGAGCCCCCGGGGCUGUAAUGUGAAGGGGAGGAGACUGAAAUUCAUGUCUUAUCUCUGUUCUGGUAAUAAAACGGGAGUUUGUGGGUUUUUAAAAAUUCUGUUUCUAAAUGGAGGAGUAGAUGCCUUUCUUUAUUUUGAUGGGGGUUGGGACUUGUGGCUUUAAAAAAAAAAUCACUUUUGUGUAGGAUGUACAUUUUUGUUGGAUUUUUUUUUGGUUUGUUUAUUUUUUUUUAGAAUCCUCCACAGCAACAUGCGAGACCAUGGAGUUAAAGAAACCCAGAGACCUUUAUCAGUUAAUUGUACUGUUUGUGAAUUUGUAUAAAUAAUAACAAAGAUCCUCUUAAAACGUUUAUAUUCUUACAGUAAAAGGUUAAACUGAUAUUUAUAUAAUAAAAGAGGAAAUAUGAAGUAUGUUUUUGAAAAAAAAAAAAAAACCAAAAACAAAAGCCUUGUAUCUGUGCAUUAUUUUUAAGGCAGUGUGUGUUUGGGUCCAGGCCACAGUAGGAGGUGCUGUUUUGCGUCUCUGAAGUAAAAGUAUAAGAUGCAGAGUUCCGUGCAACCUGUGUGGUGUGAGCUCAUGGUGAAAAAUUUACCCUGUAUAAGGUUCACCACUGACACCUACAUGUUUUGUUGCUAGAAAUGUGAUUGGAAUGGAGAUUUAUAUAAUUUCUGGUUCUGAACUGUCAACAACAUGGAAAUUUAAAGAAACUGAACAAAAUGAAACUUCUUCUUAAACCAGAUUUGUAAAGAGUCACAGUUUCACCAGGGUGGCCAGUUUUUCUCCACAUGGACAUGAGAUCUAGGGGUGAUGUUCAAGAAAUGCGUCCUGAGAUGUGGAA